AUGGCAGAAUCCACGUACAUCAAACCGGAACCAUUCAUCAAACCCGAUCCUGAAGCUGUGACGGCCUCUCCCCUUGACGACGACGACCUGUACGAAGAUGCCGGCGAUCUCGAGUUCUUCGACCAGUAUAGCGACCAGGGCUCCUUUGGCCAAGCAUACUUGGCCCGUGUGCCAAAGGACUUGUGGGAAGCAUGGGACAGCCUACCGGAUGACGCUGAGAUUGAAGUCGGCACGAUGCGACAGUGGGACGUUGUGCGCCCAGAUGGCAACGUUGAGCACCGCUUCAAAAUGCUACUCAACUCCGACCGAGCCGAACAUCAACUGAUGCCCAAGGAAUAUGAUCUGGAGAUGGGCAAGGAACUUGCGCGCAGCACUUUUGUCUUCACUGAAGAGGACCUGCCUGGCUUCAAGGCCAAGUCCAAGGCGAGAACCGACGCGGCCAACGCUGGUAUCCCAGCCCGUUUUCUGCGGCCCAAGGCAGACAAAGUGGAGAAAAAGCCGUUCGAGAAGGGCCGUCGUUGGCAGCCCUACUACCGCAAGGCGAUUCCUAAGAAAACGAAGAUUGCCGCUAGAAUUCAGUACGAGCUUGCUUGCAAGCCUGUUGAUAACGCCGAGAGUCAAGCAAUCCUACAGCGGAAGCAGGUCGAGGCCCAGAGGCCGAAGCACACGCUUCAGAUCAUGGAGCAGCGCGCAGCUAACAGUAUUAUACACCAUGGUUCGGCUGCUGCUGUGGAGAAGUUCGGCUCCUUUAUCAAAACAUCUGCACCCACCAAGGCCACAAAGCCCAAAAAGGCCGAGAACAGAGCUGCCCGUAUGUCGGAAGAACAGCUUCUCGACGGUCUUAUGGAGGCUUUCAGAAAGUACGAGUACUGGAAAAUGUCUAUUCUCAAGGCCAGGUUCGACCAGCCCGAAGCUUUCUUGCGCCAGACUCUGGAGAAGAUCGCGGUGCUCAACCGAUCGGGUAUCCACGCCAAUGAAUGGUCUCUACAAGAGCAUCUGAAAAGUAUGGCUUCCGGCGCAACCAGCGAGACCGCCCCAGAAGAAGCCGCCGCCGAAGACGACGAUGAGGAAGUGGCUAUGGAGGAUGUUGUAUAA